AUGUCUGCUUCUUCCCCACGAAAGCAAGAACUUCCCAUCUACGACACCCACGCCCGCACCCAGCGAAACUCGGACCAAAAUUCAGUCAAUUCCCAUCGAUCAUCCUUUCGUCCCCUACCAAACCCACGAUCUGACCAGCAUCCAAACAAAGGGCAUCGCAGAGGCAUUAUAGCAGAGAAUUUCAAUAGAAAAGCAAUAAAAUGUCACUUCGUCGCUGCAUCUGGGGAAUUUAUAGGAACGAUGAUGUUCCUUUACUUCGGGUUCGCGACUCAUAUCAUGUCGAUUCUUGAAGUCAAGCCGGGGGAAGGUGUGACUCCACAAACGGUGGUUUUCGUUAGUCUGGGAUAUGGUUUUAGUUUACUUGUUACCGUGUGGGUGUGGUAUCGGAUAAGCGGUGGAUUGUUCAAUCCUGCGGUUUAUUUCCCCCCCCCCUUUUCCACUUCCAAUUCCACUCCUAGUACUAAUUCUUAUAAAGGUAACCCUCGGUCUCAUCCUCUCAGGUUGUCUUCCUCCAGUCAGGGGACUUAUUCUUUUCCCCGCUCAAAUCCUCGGCGCUAUCGCUGCUGCAGGGCUGGUAGAAGGCAUGUUCCCUGGCCCAAUAUCACUAGUCAAUACCACCCUUCGAACGGGAACUAGUAUCACGCAAGGGCUGUUUAUUGAGAUGUUCCUUACCUGUCUCUUAAUAAUUACCGUUCUUAUGCUUGCGGCAGAAAAAAGCAAGGACACAUUUAUUGCGCCAGUUGGCAUUGGACUUGCACUUUUUGUCGCUGAAAUUGCUGGUUUGUUUCCCCUCUCAUACUUCCCCAUCUCUAGUGCCAUAUUUCGUAUGCUAACAUAUGAACGCCUAGGUGUCUUCUACACGGGUGGCUCUCUGAAUCCAGCUAGAAGCUUCGGACCCGCCGUUGUAUCGGGCGUAUUUCCAACUUAUCAUUGGAUCUACUGGGUUGGGCCGGGAAUGGCGGGAGUACUCACGACAGGGUAUUUUAGGCUAGUCAAGGCGUUGAAUUAUGAAGAGGCGAAUCCAGGGCAGGAUUCGGCGGGAGGGGAUUUGGGGCAUAAUACGUAG